AUGGCUGAUAACACUCUCCAAACACCUCGAAUGACUACCGAUGCGUCCGCUGAAAACAGCUCGCUCAUCCGCAGGCUUGCCAAGAAAUCCCUGAACUUGCUCCGAGGUUCAAGCAACCUUGACCAGAGCGGGGUCGAAAAUAUGAUCCAAGCCCUUGAUCUUGCGGGGAAGGACAAUACGGAGACAGUCUCACGCGCUCUGGGCGAGCUCAAGCUAGAGGAGGUUCACACAAUUCUCAAGCUCACUAAGCUCACCGAUCAUAAUGAGAAACCAGGCGAUGAAUGA